CGCGCCGGGCUGGACCGGGCUGAGCCGAGCUGAGUCGAGCCGUGCCGGAGGGGUAGUGUCUCCCUGAAGCUGGGAAAUGGCCGUGAUGGGAAUUGCAUGUCAGGGAGCUCCUGAUCCAGCAGUCAAGCACAAAAAGGAGCUCACAGCUGCUGAGGGGCUGAAGGAGACAGUGAGUGAAAAGCAGAGCAGUGUUUGCAAAGUAGAAGAUUCAAAGAAGGCCAUCUUUCACAGUCAGUGGAAAAUCCUGAAUGAUGUAAUCACCAGAGGAACAGCAAAAGAAGAAACAGAAGGAGGCUGUGCAUCAAUUUCUAUUAUUGCCCAAGCAGAAUGUGAAAACAGUCAGGAGUUCAGCCCCACUUUAUCAGAGAGAUCCUUUAUUGCUCACAGUAAACGUUACAGCAGCCGCUCGGACAGCCUCGAUCACAUCCCCAACAAUGUGGCCCACGCCACGGAGGGCAGGAUGGCACCCACCUGGAGAGGGAGGCACCGGGGCAGGGCCAGGAAGAAAAGGCACAAGAAAAGAUCCAAGCUGAAAGGACAACCUGUGGCUGCUGGCAGGAGAAGUCCAAGAACUCCAGAACAGGAGAGCUGCACCCCAAUUCCUGUCCAGGAGGAUGAAUCCCACCAAAGCACUCUUUACAGAAACAGUUUUUGGGUUCCUGAAUUUAACAAGGACUUGGGCUAUGAUCCACUGCCUUUUGAGAAGCCUGCCCAUGCCCCUUUGUCUAUGGGCAAACUCCAUUCCCCGAGGAGCCAGUACAAAACUGAACUGCACAAGCUGAUCAGCCCUAUUCAGUGCCUUAAUCAUGUUUGGAAACAGAGGGACACUGUUCCCCAGCCUGAGACUCUCCAUCCUUUUCCCUACAACAUCCUUCCCCCCCAUUUCCCACAUGUGGACAAUCCUCUCCGUGCCAUGAAGCAGAAUGCUCUGGACACAUACUUCCAUGGUGACCUCAACUAUCAAGACAGUCACUUAUCUGGCCUAAACUUAGAAUAUAAUUUCACCAAAUGCAUCAACCAAUCUGUGCAAACUAGUUCAGACAAGCUUUCUGUGGAAGAAUAUUUGGUAGAUGCCUUGAAGGGGAGUGUGAGUUUUGGUGAACCACAAAAUUUAGCCAGCCUGGCCAAGACGUGGAGAGGAGGUGGGCUGGAGCUGAAGGAACAAUUCCAUGAAGCAAGUGAGAAUGAAGGCGUGCUGCUGAACGAGAAGCUGAAGCCGGUGGAUUACGAGUACCGAGAGGAGGUUCACUGGACCAAGUGCCACGGCUCCUUGGGCAUUGGCUCUUUUGGGGAGGUGUACAAGAUAGAGGACAAGCAGACAGGAUUCCAGUGUGCUGCCAAGAAGGUGCAGCUGGAACAUUUCCGUGCCGAGGAGCUGACGACGUGCGCGGCCGUGAGCAGCCCGAGCGUGGUGCCCCUGUACGGUGCUGUCAAGGAGGGUCCCUGGGUCACCAUCUUCAUGAAGCUCAUGGAGGGUGGCUCAUUAGGGCAGCUCAUUAAACAGAGUGGCUGCCUGCCAGAGGACAGAGCCCUCAGCUACCUGGGCCAGGUGUUAGAGGGUCUGGAGUAUCUUCAUGCUCAGAACAUUCUCCAUGGAGAUGUCAAAGCUGAGAACGUGCUGCUGUCAGCUGAUGGGAGCAGGGCCCUCCUGUGUGACUUUGGCCACUCUGCUCACCUGCACCCAGAUGGGCUGGGAAAGUGCUUGGUCACAGGGAACUACGUGCCUGGCACAGAGACCCACAUGGCCCCCGAGGUGGUGAUGGGCAAGCGCUGUGACUCCAAGGUGGACGUGUGGAGCAGCUGCUGCAUGAUGCUGCACAUGCUCAAUGGCUGCCACCCCUGGACCCAGUACUACAACCACCCUCUCUGCCUGAAGAUCGCUAAAGAGCCGCCUCCUCUGAGGGAAAUUCCACCUUCCUGCAAUCCUCUCACUGCUGAGAUUAUUAAACUGGGGCUGGAGAAGGAGCCUCUGCAGAGGGCAUCUGCAUCAGAGCUCAAAACCAAGACCACUGUGGCACUUGAGGAAGUGGGAGGUGUGAGAAGCCCCUGGAAAAGUGAAUACAGAGAGCCCAGACAUUUAUCUUUGAACAAAGAAAACAGUGCACAGACAUCCCUGUCCCCCACAGUGAGCCCAGUUUCUGAGAUUGGUUCUGACCCAAAACUGUCAGUCAAAGUUUCCUGUGGCAGCCCACUCCUACCACCUCCAUCUCUGGAGCAAACAGAGGAGGUUGAGGGACCUCACUGGAAUGAGGGCAAGGAGUUACCUGAGACCUGUGAUCCCCCACCCCUCUCCUCAACUCCUCUGCCCCUCAAGAGCUGCAGCCACGUGGAAAGAGCCACAACCAUUUCAGAGCAAGAACUUCAGCAGCUGGAAAUUGAACUGUUUCUGAACAGCCUUUCCCAGCCUUACUCUCUGGAAGAGCAGGAGCAAAUGCUUUCAUGCCUCAGCAUUGACAGCCCCUUUGUGUCAGAUGCCAGUGAGAAGAACUCCAUGAAGGCUUCUCAGAGCUUGAGGGACACCAUGAGCUCUGGGAUCCAUUCCUGGAACAGCCAGGCAGAGGGGCAGAGCUGCAGCUGGAACAACCUGCUGAGCCGCAGCCGGCACACGGACACCCCCAGCUGCUUCAACGGAGUGAAAAUCCAGAUCCAGUUGCUAAGUGGAGAAAAUUUGCACAUCAGAGAUUUCCACAGGACAAAGGUGGGAGACAUUGCCACGGGGAUAAGCAGCCAGAUCCCCGUGCCUGCCUUCAGCCUGGUGACCAAGGAGGGGCAGCCUGUGCACUACAACAUGGAGGUGCCUGACUCUGGCAUCGAGCUGCAGUGCACCCUGGCCCCCGACUGCAGCGUGGGCUGGGCCUGGCGCGUCAAGCACGGCCAGCUGGAGAACAGGCCCUGAGCCCUGCCUGCUUUGGAGCUUUGCACCUUGUGAAAGGAGGAAUUGCAAAAGCUUCUGACCUCCCCUGCCGUGGAGCACCAAGUGCGGUGGCUGCUGUUUGUGCUGCAGCAGGAUCACAGCUCACUGCCCUCGCUUCUGUUGGCUGCUCUGAUCCACUUCCAAGACAUGUCCUGAGCUUAGACAUUCCCCAGGACAGUGGGAAUUCCUUGUUUUGGGUGUGUUAGAGCUUGAGAAUGGUAGGUGGAAAUUCCUCACUUCUCAGAGGAAGGAGGUUGUGCUUUUCAGGAGAGCAGGGCCAUGAGGACUCUGCUCCUGCUCCAAGGUGAGGUCGGUCGUGGCUGGGCUUGCCCAGAGGAGGAGCUUGGGUGCCCUCAGUGUGGCUGGGGUUGCUUGUGCCAAGAGGAGCUGGCUGACUUCCUUCCAGCUGGAGGAAAAAACAUUUCUGGAGGCUCUGGGGAGCAUCAUCUCCACCUCAAGCCUUUAGCAUGGGGAAGAUCCACAGCAGUCACUGGCUGGCUCUUGGUUUCACCUCCCACCCUUCCCCGCAGUUGCUUCAUUCUUGAAUGAGAAAAGAACUUUGUUCCCAGAAAGAGCUUUGCUUGCAGCUCCCACCUGCAGGUCUCAGAGGAGCUGCUGCUCUCUCUGGUGUCCCUGGCAGGCAGGGCAGGAGCAAGGUACAGAAUUCCAUGGAGGGGUUGUUCCUCCAUCCUGUUCCCAUCUCUGAUGUGGGACUUCAGGUGCGCUGUCCCAUCCUUGGAGGAAUAAGGGACAUCAGCCCUGUCAGCUGUGACAGGGCUGAAUUUUAUGGCAGAGUUUAUAAAAAUCUCCCUCCCAGCUCCCAGUUCUCCCUCCCAGCCCAGUGCCCCAGUUCUGUGAAGUCUCACAAGGCUUCCCACUCCUCCCCUCACUUCAGACUGGGUUCACUGAGUGGGAUGGGCAGCUGGGCCUGGAAUGCCUUAAGCUUUAAACUGUUUUUUUUUUACU